CCCGUCCAUAUUUUACCCCUGACCAGCCCCAUUCCCGUACGUUACCCAGACAAGCCCCAAAUUUAACCCCCAACCACGCUUUGAAGCGGCCACACACCCCAAACCAACCCCACACACCCCCAAUUCACCCCUUAACCCAUACACAAACUCCUAACCCCCACUACUUAACCCCCCAAAGCCACCGAAUCCCGGGUAACAUGUCGGCCCCCCAAACCCCUUCUUACCCAACCCAGGGAACCCUUCAAAACUCUCAAACCCCUAACCCACAACACCCAUCCCUUAGAAUCACCACAAACCCCCAUUCACCCCACCCUGAACCCCCUUCAACCCCAACUUACCCCCACCAAGCCCCUAAUAACCCCCCAGUCCCCCAAACACCAACCCACCCCCCUUGGAUGCAGCACCUCCCCCCAGAAGCUUACCACCUUCUUCUACAACAAGACACGCAACUGAAACAACUUCAAUCCCAAGUCCAACUGCUCAUCAAGUCACAUGACCAUGUUGCUAAGCAACCACAUGUUCUGCAUGAUCGCACAGAGGCGUGCACACAAACAGAAUGGGACUUCCCUUCAACCAAGAACACGGUAGCUACCAACACAGAUAUCUUAGAAACAAAGGAUCAAAGUGAACAAUUUAAUUGUGAUGAAACAAUCGACCAAAAAUCGAAUGAACAAGUUUCUUUCAACAAAGUCAAUGAUGCAGAACCGUUAGAGGAAAUGAACCAAUCACAAUCCAGGAAUCCGGAUGAAAUUCUCAAUGCAAGUAGUGAGAUGGGUGGCUGGGAAGAAGUAAGUUUAAUGUUGGGCGAACUAAACAACAUGGAUGAAAGCAUUGCAUCAAGUAUAAAGGUGGAUAUUCCUGUGUUAGAUACAAGUAAUAAACAACUCCAACAAUCAUGGUGCCAUGAUAGUCCCGUGCUUGGUGAAAGUGCCAGCAUGUACCAACACGUGAGGAGAAAAUCACUUGAAUCGAAAGAAGAUGAUCAAUUCUUUGGAAAUCUUUUAAAACAGGUUCAAACAAUGCUUAAGAAUGCCGAUAUAGAUGUUGGGAGUGAAGCAUCAUCAUCAUGUGUGUCGGGUAGCCACGGUGACGAUCACGGUCGUCAUGGUGACGAUCACGGUCGUCAUGGUGAUGAUCACGGUCGUCAUGGUGAUGAUCACGGUCGUCAUGGUGAUGAUCACGGUCGUCAUGGUGAUGAUUACCGUCCUCAUAGCGAAAAACAGAAGAAACACAAAAGUCGAACUCGACACGAAAAAGUUAUCGCUGCUACGAGAAAGCAACUACGUAAGAUGGGGGUUUCCCUAAAGAGAGAAGAUGACCAAACAAUUUGUGUGGUUGAGGAAAAUACAAAGAAUCCAUGCGUCGCUGGCCUCCCUCCUCCUUUGAUCCCACACCUCACCUACUUAUCAAUCCUCGCAAACGAAGGAGUCCUCCGGAGCAACGAGAUCAACACCAUCACAGGAAGCAGAAGCGCAUCGGAGAUGAGCAUCCACGCAAACGCGAUCGCUCUCAAAUAUUUAUCUGAUGAUCAAUUGAUGAAAAUUACUCCAACACAAACCCCAAUGAAAGUCAAUAAUGAGCACACGGUGGCAGCAUCGAUGCCAGGAAUGAGUUUGAUAUCUCCGUGUAACAUGACGAUGGGCACGAGGAAGUAUAUGGAGAAGUAUGGUCUUAUUGAGGGGGGAGAAGAUGAAUCAGAUGAACCAUCAAGAGGAGCUAGCCCUGAUCUGCAACAAUCAAAGCCACCACAAGAUGUCAGUAAAGAGAAUAAACAGCAAAACUCUUCAGUGAACUGGUCACAGAUACAGAACAAUCUUGGUGAUACAAUAGACAUGAUGACUCCUUUCCUUCAAGAUCUUGGACAAAACGAGCAGAAACCUCCAUCAUCAUACGCCCAUUGUUCUGGUAACAAUAGGGUGUAUGACCCAAGAGGAUAUGACUCAAAUUUAUCUGAAAAAGGGGGUGAAACAUUGGAACAAAUAAUUUCCCCUCGUGUAAUGGAAGCGCUCAACCAUAUCCAACAAGACAAGGUUGAACGACCACAGCGAGAUAACGAUUUAAAAGUACUUUCCCCCCGGUUGGUUCAAGCUUUAUCACAGCGCCGAACAUUAAGCCCGUCAUGUGACCAAACCAACCAAUCAGAUGAUGGUAUUCUAAUGCCCCCUCCAACUGCUUAUUCACGGCAAUGCAACCGUCGAAAUACUCGCCACAAUAGCGCCACAAUGCGGCAAGGUAGGUCGGGAUCAGCUGACCACUAUGUGGAGCCUCGGAUGGAAGAGCAGCGAAGGAUGUCAUCAUCUCCGAGAUUAUCUCAUCCACAAAAUCGAAAUUCUCCAAGAACACCCAGACAAGGAGACACCCCAUCGCCCCGGUUUAGAACCCCAAGUCUUUGUUCAGAUCACGAAGAUGAUCAGAUGAUGGAUGAAAUAUCACGUGAUCAUGAUUUCACCAAUGUCCUUGAUAUGAACAAAAUUAAAAAGCUAAAGAAACUGACAUGAAGCAGUGUUAACUGAAUGAAAUUGUUGGAACUAUGGAGGCCUAGCAUUAGCACUUUGCAUUGGUUAGAAGGAAACACUGGAAGUCAAAAAUGAUCUGGAAACACUGGAAGUCAAAAAUGGUCUGGAAACACUACAAGUCAAAAAUAAUCUGGAAUCACUGGAAAUCAAAACUAAUCUGGAAACCCCAAAAAUUUAAGCUGAUCUGGAAACACUUUGUUGUUGUUUCACAAACUUUCGUGUUGUUUUCAUUUAUACAUCAAAAUAUAUAAUUGUUGCGUUUUUUUAUGAAAUAAUUUUUGUUUAGCAUUUAAUUAAUACUGCUUGUGUUGUUGUCCGUACACAGUAUGUUUCUGAUAUUAACUUGUUCACAAAUUUGUAGCACCUGGAUUUGUUACCAACAUACUGGUGCACUGUUUGUGUUUUAUCCAAAAUAUUGGUAUACUGUUUGUGAUUUACAAGCGUAUAGUUUAUUUGUGAUUGUAUUUCUUUUGUAGUUUCGUAGAGUUUAUUGAUCGAAUAAUUUAUUAAAACUUGUGUUCAUGCUCUAUAGUUA